AUGGGUCGCGUGGAUGAACUUAUAAGAAACAACGAAGGCACGGAGAGUCAACGGUCAUACUACCUUCACGUAAGAGAAUCACCUCUAAAUCUGUUGAAGGCCAAGGGGCUCGAUUUCGAGGAGACGAAGGAGAAUCCGGAACCUAUGUCACAUCAGCAAACUCCGAAAAGAUCGUCGGAAACUGCACAGGAAACCACGGUAGAUGAUCAAUCAAUAGGAAAGGAACCGUCACAUUAUAACCUACGUCAGACGAGAAGAUUGGGCAACAGCACAUUGACGCUCAACCUGGACACUGUGUUGGUUAUAUCGGUAACAGUCUUAAGAUUCUUUAUGUACUAA